AGCUAAUCUCAGCUUCCCCUCGUAAAAGGCUCCGUCCAUAUACUCCUAUGUCAAUGCUUAGGAAAGAGAGGUUAAGAUUAAAAGUUGAGCCAUUCGUUUGAAAUGUUGGAGCCUUUCGAGAGUGAAAGUACGACAGAAUUGGAGAAAAUGAACGAAGUUGGAAAUACAGAGAAUUGCAAGAAAUGUGGAGAGGCAUGCGAUGCUUACGAGAGCCCAGCGUUAUGUUGCAGUGGCGGAUGUGACCAAAAAAUACAUAUAAAAUGCUUGCAGAAAGGCAGCAUUACGCUUUCUUUUGUAGGAGAUGUUUUCUUCGAACUCAACUGUGCUUCUUGUAAUCCACUGGGCGUAGAACUCGUGGUACGCGAUAAAAUGCCGUGGCUCAACGUUAUUAUCCUAACGUUGUACAAUCUCCAUGAAAAGUCAAGUGGUAUCAGUAAACGGGGAUAUUUCCAUUGGAAGUCCGACAUUAGCACCUUUGUGGAGAAAAAUUGGGAUAACUUGUUCAAAAAGUCUGUGAAGAAGAAGAAGAAUUGGAUAGGCACCAUAUCAGGUACUCUCUCCCAUUAUAGUGGAAUCUUUUUCAAAUCUGGCACCAAUGAAUUGGGUGAAUCUGGAUGGUGGAAGCUAUUGGAUGAAGAUCCCCCUGAAGUUUUAAUUGCCAAAUAUAGCAAAAUGAUAAUAGAUAAGAAAAAGAAUGUUGACACAAAAGUUUCUAAUAAGUCACUGAACAGUCCUGCGCCGUCAGACUCCAGUGUCUCGAUAGGAGAGGACAGCAAUUAUAGCAAGGAGCUGUUUAAGAAUCAGAGCUCCUUGAUAUAUUCUCAAGCAUAUGUUAAACCCACAGAGACGUUGUCCGAUCUUUUAUUUCAGGAGGAUGAGAUAAAUGACAUGGACAUCGAGGACGAUUUACUGUUACGCGACGACAACUUUGUACCAUCCAUCUCCGAUCUAAUGAAGGAUUGUCAACAAUAUGAAGGCAACAAUUUCCACCUAGCACAGAUGACGGACAAUUAUGAAUGGUCGUGUAACACGAGCAGUAUCUCCCCGAACGAAGUCGACAGUGAAGUUAAGAGGAUUAAAGAAGAAACUUAUGACGACGAUAGUAAUAAUAGUUCUGUGUUCGUACAAGAGCAGCCUGUUUCUCUGUUCAGACAAACGAAACGCCGCCCGUGGCCUUGGCUCAAAACACUUGCUCCCCGCGAAAAAGUAGCACGUAUGACUGCUCAGGAAGAAGCAUAUUUGCUGCAGACAUUGAACAAGACUGAUCUCGAUAAAGCACCGCCCGCUGUAAGAAGACUCUACAGGAAAUUAGCAGUGCGAAAGACUAAAAGAGAAAGAGGCCUUCCUUUAUUGGAUAUAGAUCAAGCAAGCGGGUCCAAGUCCGGAGCAUCUGCGAUACCGUCAAAAGACAAUGGCCGGGUGUUGGAUCGAUUUUGUGGUGAUGACCUGGAAUACAUGUUCGAACAAAGGCUGCAGGGGCACAAUGAGGCUGUCUCCGUACAAAGUCCGUACACAGGUAGACUGUUGAAGCCAUUUAUAAGACGAGAGACGGCUUUUCAACCGUUAUGGUUGAGGGUUAUGGAGGAGCUGUGCGCGAAAGUCAACAAGGACAAUCGACAAUGGAAAGCACCGCCUAAGGCGCCUAUCGAUUACUCUUACAUCAGACCGCAACAUGUUUCCGCGGUCAACAGCCUGUGCAGGCGAUUCUUCUGGCCUGGUAUAGAUCUGACCGAAUGUCUGCAGUAUCCGGACUUCACGUGCGUCGUACUGUACAAGAAGCUAGUCAUAGGCGUUGGAGUGUUGGUGCCAAACGUCGGCUGCAACGAAGCCUACAUCUCGUUCUUCCUGGUGCGCCCUGAAUGGCGAAAAUGCGGCAUCGGCACGUUCAUGCUGUACCACUUGAUACAGACUUGCAUGGCACAGGACAUUACGUUACACGUGUCGGCAACGAAUGUCGCGGUCUUGCUCUACCAGAAGUUCGGUUUCAAGGUGGAGGAGUUCGUACAAGAUUUCUACGACAAGUACAUGCCGCCAAAUUCGCGAGAAUGUAGGCACGCCCUAUUUUUACGUUUAAGUAGAUAAUUCUAAUUUUGGUAAUUGUGAAGGAGAGCUCCUUCCUCUCCGAUUUCCUUCAAACUUGGUAGAAAUGUAUAUUUUGGUCCUAAAACACGAUUGCGAGAAGGAGAAUCGUCGCUCUCAAGUAGAAAAAUGUUAUUACGUGCUGAAAAGUCACAGUUUCGAGAUUAGGAAAUCUGUCACACCGACAAUCUACGGGCGUAGCGCACACUGACCAAGCAUGCGCGGGUUUUUUCACACGCUUUUUAUGCUUAUUUUGUUCAUAGUAUACUUUAUAGCAGCGAAAUGUAAGAUUACUUGUGUUAAGGGGAUGCUGGAG